UAGAGUCAGUCUGCUCGCGGCAUCGUCGCGGGCUCCAAAAGCGGCUAGCCGUCGUCGAACGAUGCCCGAAAUCGGUACCACCGGUACCGAGCAGUGAUACGAAACGUCGUCUCCUUUUCCGUAGCGAGGCAGUGAAAAAGGUGAUAGAACGAGUCGAACCGAUUGACAACAGCGCGGUGAUCCAUAGGCGAAUCGAGGAUCGUGAUGAGCCCGAACACACGGCGGCGAUCCAGGCCGAGGGAUUCGAAUCGGUUUUCGAAAUCGGUGAUAGCGGCGCCGCGUCCGAUGCAUUCGUGAUCUACGCUGGGUCGCUCUAAAAACCUGUGCCGGUUAAUUAUCCGAGAGAAAGUCGACGGGAAGGCCACUUGGCGCGUUCUCCGACCGGUCAACGGGCACCACCUGACUCGUGAUUCUAAACGAACUCUCCGCUGUGAUCAAACUGUGAAAUUCGUCUCGGUAAAACCGGCGACGGAUACGUGCGGUGAAACGUUCGCAGUGAAAAUCGCGAGUUCCGCUUAGAAAUUCGAGGAAUGCGUUCCAUCUGCAAUCGUUUCUUGUUAGAGCUGACGAGUGACUGGCACGAGGGGCAUGGAGAACGGAAGAAAUCGCCGUAAAAAAGUAUAACAGAUGCGACCAUCGUCAAAGGAUUUUACCGUCUCGCUUCUAGGAUAUUGCCUAGCGUAGUCGGAGGAUUGACAAUUUCGCGAUAGACAAAGUGGACAAAUGUAGCGCGAUGUUUGUCAGAUUGACCAUCGUCGUCGCGGCGUUCUGCCUCUGCCACGGAGUCGGAAGUCAAUUCAGCGACAACACGCCACCGGUGAUGUGGAUAGACCGAAAUUUGGUGCUCCUGGAUUCGGAGCCGGUGGGGAGCGUGGUGACUAGGGCCCGGGCCGAGGACAAUGAGCAGGAUCAGCUCACCUAUGGCCUGGAACAGCUCGGGCACAACUACAACGGAAACGACAGUCCACAGCCGCCGCUCCCAUUCUUCAUCGACAAUAGCACCGGCGUCAUCUACAUUAAUGAAACGCUCAAAGGCAGAGGAGGGCAGAACCUGUUCCUUUACGUGACCGUCUCCGACGGUCAGCUCACGACAAAGACCGAGGCCUUCAUCACUAUCAAGAACUCUUCAAGCCCCAAUGGAGGACACAUCAGGAGCCCGUUUCCGGGUCAACUCGGUAACGGCGGUAGACUGCGACCACCAUUGCUGACCCUGCCCAACCUGAGCUACCCCAGACCCCAUAAAUCGGUGAUGACGCCCGGCGUGCAAAAAACGACCAAGUUACAGCCCGAGGACGCGAAACAGGCGGGCGAGGGUGACCCCGCGGCGUCUGGGACCACCGGUGCUCCGGCCCAGCAGCCCGUCGAGGAGAACGAGGUCGAGGGGCCACCGCUCAGCUCGAAAAUCGCACCUGCCGAGGCACCGCCUUCUCAAGAUAUAGCGAUCACCGUCGUACCCGUCACGGCCGUCUGUGUUCUCUUGGUGGGCCUCGGCAUGGGCGCAUGGUCCCUUAGAAACAGAUUUUGCGGUAACAGGAAGACCAAGGAAGACACGAAAGAACAAGCGUCGGUCAGUGUGUCGAAUAUAUCGGACGACCCGUCGCUGGUUCUGAAGAGAUGGCGAGGCCCGAAGGCGCACAACAAUCGUUACGAGCCGUGGGAGAAGGAAAAUCAAGCCACGCAAAAUAAGCAAGAAGACAAAUGGGAAUUUCCCAGACACCGGUUGAAGGUUUUCAACAUUCUCGGGGAGGGUUGCUUCGGUCAAGUGUGGAAAUGCGAGGCGUUGGAUAUCGAUGGGAAAUCCGGGGCGACCAUCGUAGCCGUGAAGACGUUGAAAGAAAACGCGACCGAAAGAGAGCGGCUGGAUCUAGCGCAAGAGUUGCGGGUCAUGAAAAAUUUGGACCCUCACCCGAACGUGGUCCGCUUGUUAGGUUGCUGCACCGAACGCGAACCGAUGUUCGUGAUCCUAGAAUACGUGAGCGGCGGUAAGCUGCAAAGCUUCCUCAGGGCUUCCCGGGAAGAGAGGAAUCACGGGGGUCCGGGACUUACGUCCAGGGAUUUAACCGGAUUCGUUUAUCAGAUCGCCAAAGGUAUGGAGUACCUGGCUUCCAAAGGGAUUAUCCACAGGGAUCUAGCCGCGAGGAACAUAUUGAUCGACGAGAAUCGCGCGUGCAAAGUCGCAGACUUCGGAUUCGCUAGAGACGUGGCCGCUAAUCAAAUAUAUGAAAGGAAGUCUGAAGGCCGUCUACCGAUCAGAUGGAUGGCCCCGGAGAGCUUGUACGAUAACAUAUUCUCCGUGAAAUCGGAUAUUUGGAGUUUCGGCGUAUUGAUAUGGGAAAUCGUUACCCUGGGGUCUACGCCUUAUCCCGGACUAGCAGCAGCCGAGGUGAUGAGGAGGAUCAAGGAAGGCUACAGGCUGGACAGGCCAGAGCAUUGCAAGAGGGAGCUAUAUAAUAUAAUGUAUUAUUGCUGGGACAAAGAUCCAGCGUGUAGGCCUUCCUUCAGUGAACUUGUUGGAUUGACAGAAGGCCUGCUGCUGGAUGAGACCGAUUAUAUCGAAUUGGACAGGUUCCCAGAUCAUUCGUAUUACAACGUGCUCAAUCUCAGUGGAGAAAAGUUGUAAAUGUAACGUCUAAACUAUAUUUAAAACUCGACCGAGCCCGGGCAGCGGAUACGAUAAGAUAAUUGAAACUCCGCCCGUAGUAAAGCAUACAAAGUCUAUUGCAAUAUUUAAAUUAUAAAGAUAUUCCUAUCUAAAACAUUAAUAUUGACAUUGUACGUGAUUUACUUCGCAACGUACACGUCGCUCAAAAAUUAGUUUCAUAUUCGACGUUAUCAUUAAAUGUUUUUAAUCUAAUAGUAUUGCAUAAGCACGCUGCAUAUUUAUAAUUCAAUUUCAAGCAUACGUUCGUGAUUUAAACCUCCGAUAAGUGUGCCUUCUGAUAUUGUAUACAGGGUGGACCGGAUAGGGGGUGAUACUACGUUAAAAAAGAAGAAAAUAUUUUUUCAAACAGAGCUCCGUUUUCGUGGAAAUUGACUUCAAAGCUUGUAAACGAUUUACGGCAGUGGGAUUAUUAUUGCAAGCUGCCGAAGCAAGUAACAUAUCAAUAUACUCUCGAUUGGAAUAUCUUACCAUAGCUUAGUGAUAAGUUAAUCAGGCUAAAGUCAAUGAAAAGAAGCGAACUAUUACGUAGUUUGAUAAACUAUGACUCUUAUCGUAAACCGAACUGUAUGCACACUUUUCUAUCCUUAUCAAUAUUUAUGAAUACUAAUCUAAAUACAGACAAUUAGAGCAGUAGAAUAUGCGAUAAGCAAAUUAUAUUAAUUAGUUUACAAGUAAAACAGACUUUGAAGUGGAUUUUCACAAAAACGGAGCUCCCGUUUAAAAAAUGUUAUACCAAAAUAUUUUCUUCUUUUUUAACAUAGAAUCACUCUCUGCCUGUAUUACGAUUUCCGGUCCACCCUGUAUAUUAAUUAAGCGACGAAACUUCUAUUACGUUUCACAUCUUGAACGGGUCGCGAGUAUAAUGAGAAAGAAUGAGCGUCGUGAACUAGUCAAGAGUUCAAAUCGAAUUAUUCUCCGAGAAAUUCCUUAAUUUAAAAAAAAAAACCAUAAAAAUAGACGCUAUAUAUAAUUCAAUGUUAUUAAAUGUAUGAAUUAAGAAACGAUUCCCGCGGACAGCGAAACUUUUCCAUAUGAACACGAACGCGAAUUGUACAUAUGUAUCGAUUAAGACUUUAAAUAAGUUAUUGUGUAACUACUUUUUGUAAGAAUAAAAAACACAUCCUACAA